AUGUUGAAGGACACCGCACAGAGUUUCCGAGUGAAUCUGCGGAACCUGCGCGGCUGCUACAACCAGAGCGAGGUGGGCGGGGUGACCCCGGGGGCGGGGACAGGGUCCCACCCUCUCCAGGAGAGGUAUUGCGACCUGGGGCCCGAAGGGCGCCUUCUCCACGGGUAUCAUCAGUUCGCCUACCACGGCAAGGAUUACCUCGCCCUGAACAAGGACCUGCGCUCCUGGACCACCGCGGACCUGGGGGCUCAGAUCACCCAGCGCAAGUGGGAGGCGGACAAUGUGGCGGAGAAGAUGAGCGCCUACCUGGAGGGCGGGUGCCUGGAGUGGAUCCGCAGACACCAGGAGAACGGGAAGGAGACACUGGAGCGCGCGGGUACCAGGGGCAACGGG